AUGGACAGGGUGAAGUGGCAGCGGAUACUGACCCUCCUCCCCAUCUGCCUGGCCCUCACCUUCUCCCUCACAGCCAUGGGCAGCAGCCACUGGUGUGAGGGGAUCCGGCGGACGACAAAACCACUGUGCCAGGACCUCCUUGGGGGAGUGAACUGCAUUCACUUCAGCAGGGCCAGCAGCAGCACUGGCAGAAGACAUGACAAUAGCCAGGCUGUCCAGUACAUCUGGGAGACAGGGGACGACAAGUUCAUCCAACGCAGGUUCCAUGCAGGGCUUUGGCAGUCCUGUGAGGAAAGCCUCAACAGCACAGGUGAACGGUGCAGGUGCUUUCCGGGGAUUGUGCCCACUGAGGGACAAGGAGUUUUAUGGCUCUCCAUCGGGGCUGAAAUCUUGGGUAUCAUCCUGAUGCUCACAGGUGUGGUCCUCCUGGGCUUCAGUGUGAGCUGUCACAGUCCUGGAUGCAGCUGGCUCACGGUGGACGCCUCAGUGGCCAUCCUCCUGGUGCUCGCAGGGCUCCUGGGCAUGGUGGCUCACAUGAUGUACACGACUAGUUUUCAAAUCACUGUGAACCUGGGACCGGAAGAUUGGAGGCCUCAGACAUGGGACUAUGGCUGGUCCUAUUGCCUUGCCUGGGGAUCUUUCGCCCUCUGUAUGGCCGUGUCAGUGGCAAUCAUGAGCAGAUACGCCACAGCCCACGCAGAGACGCCCAGGGCACUGAAAGGCAGCCCAUUCCCACAGCGCAACACCCCACAGCCUGGGGCUUCAAAGCAGGUUUGGCACACGGGAGCUGUUCCUCACGCUGUGGGACAAGUCUUCGUGAGUGUUGCUGGGCACUGCCCCCCAGGGGCAGGAAGCAAAGUGUCCAUGUGCUAG